AUGCAAUCGCCGGCAAGGAUCCACACUGUAGAGUCGAGCUACUCGGAUGCCUACCAGCAGGCCGUCAUCGCCAACUACGACGAUCCGCCCACGGUCUGGGAAAAGGUCCUCGGAGAGACCUUGUCCUUCAACGGGGGCCUCUUCGACGAGGCAGAGCUCGCCGCCGGGCCCAAGCCAGGACCGGUUGGAGCCUCCGAGUUUCGGGGCAUCAAUCGUCAGCUGGAACUUGCCGGGCUGCUCUCGCCAGACCGGCCGCAGCUUCAUCGGAUCCUGGAUCUCGGUUGCGGCUGGGGCGUCCUCACUCAACACCUGGCCAAGGCCUUCCCCGAGUGCCAGUGCAUCGACGCAAUCAACAUCAGCCGACGGCAGCUCGACUACUGUGCUGAGAAACUGCCGCCCGAGCUUCGCAGCCGGGUCAACCUGUACCUCUGCAACGCCCAGGACGUUGACCGACUCCCGGGCCCGCAGGAGCCGUACGAUUUCGUCUUUGUGCGAGGCGUGUAUCUGCACCUCCUGCCCCCGGUAUUCGAGGCAUCGGUAGCCCGGCUUGCGCAGAGGAUACGCCCUGGCGGCAUCUUGCUUCUCUCGGAUCCGCUGUACAGACAUGUUGACGUGAAGGCCGACGUGUCCGCCAAACCGGAACGAGCAGAUGGCCUAGGCACGAGCGACCACAAGACUCUGCAGUAUUACACGUCUGUCCUGGAGAAGAACGGGUUCCAGAUACAAGACCUCAGGGUUUUGCCUUCCAACGCCGAAUGCAUACACUGGUUCAAAGUGCUGCGACUCAACAUUGAGGCAAACUUCCCAGCCUUCCCAGACGAUGUCUCCGUGCCGGUCAAGGACCUACAUGAGUUCGCUGACAGCUUUGCCCAGAAGUUGGCCGAGGACAAGGUCUCCAUGUACAGCGUUGUCGCGAAACGAGUUACAACCUGA